AUGGCUGUGUUUUGCCUCAAAAAGCUAACCAAAACAAAUACACCUGGGGCUGGGGGUGACUGCAGCUGGACUGGAGCCCUCGGAGAGCUCCAGAGAGAAAAGGAAUCGCCGCUGUCUCGUAGGCACAGCCAGGAGGAAAACAGGACGCUGCUUUUUGUUCUGGGAGCAGCGUUUGCUCUCCGCACACCGAAGCCAAGCCCUGGACGCGGUCCCGCUGCCCGGGACGUGCGGUGGGCAGCGGGGAAAGAACAUGAGCUGCGUGGCAAGGUUGUCUGGGUGACAGGAGCCUCGAGUGGCAUCGGAGAAGAGCUGUCCUACCAGCUGGCAAAGCUGGGAGCCCUGCUUGCCAUCUCUGCCAGGAGGGAGGAUGAGCUGCAGAGAGUGAAAAAGAAAUGCCUUCAGAUUAGCAGCCUGAGUGACAAUGAUAUCCUCGUUCUGCGUCUCGACCUGACUGACAGAUCCUCUCAUGAGGCUGCAACCAACAGUGUGCUCAAGCACUUUGGCAAGAUUGAUGUUCUGGUGAACAAUGGUGGGCGCUCGCAGCGCUCCUUGUUCGUGGACACCAACCUGGACGUCUACAAUGCCAUCAUUGAGCUCAACUACCUGGGCACCAUCUCCCUGACAAAGUAUGUCCUGAACCACAUGAUCCAGAGGAAGAAGGGGAAGAUUGUCACUGUCAGCAGUGUGAUGGGCAUCAUGGGAGCCCCUCUUGCCACUGGCUACUGUGCCAGCAAGCACGCCCUGCAGGGAUUCUUUAAUUCUCUGAGGACUGAGCUGACUGACUACCCUGAGAUAAGCAUUAUCCAAAUCUGCCCAGGGCCUGUGCAGUCCCAGAUCAUCCAAAAUGUCUUUACUGAGAAUCUUGCAAAGUCCAUCGAGAACAGCGGGGACCAGUCCCACAAGAUGCCCACGGAUCGCUGUGCCCGGCUCACCCUGGUGAGCGUGGCCAACGACGUGAAGGAGGCGUGGAUCAGCGACCACCCCUACCUGGCCGUGUGCUACCUGUGGCAGUACGCCCCCACCUGGGCCUGGUGGCUCAUGAACAGGAUGGGAAAGAGGAGGAUCCAGAACUUCAAGAGUGGAAUUGAUGCCGAUGCCUCUUACUCAAGGAAGAGGAAGUGAGGACGAGUGUGUAAGAAAUCCUGCUGUACUUGGGCUAAGGCUGAGAAACCUUUCAUACUGCAUGACUGCAAACAACAGCUUUUUUUUUUUUUUUGGUUUUGUUAUGUCUCUGUCAUCCUGUAACUCGACAGAUCUACCGAGCUGAUGACAUACUUGACUAAAUAAAAAUCUUUCUAAACA